AAUUUCUGAAUUUCAUGGUACAAUUUUUUUAAUCACUAUUAUUAUUAUUAUUAUUAUUAUGAUACAUUUUGUCUCUUUAAAUCCGAACCCUUUACCCACAUUCACCUAAAAGGCUGUACCAACAAUUCAGGUAAUUUUCCCGGGAAAAUUAACCGCAGCUUUUACCGAGAUUUCCCGGGAAAGUUAAACAGUCCCUGAAAGGUUUGUCUUCCUCCGUAGUCUUGUUCUCAAAUUUUUUUUUGUUUCAUUGCUAACACCUUUCCUAAUCUUCCUCUAUCCUUCUUCUCACACUGAUUCUCCAUGGAUGACCCCAAGGUAUCACCAUUAAGCAAGCACCCAACUCUAAGAACCCCAUCUUCUUCUUCUUCUUCUUCGGCUUCGUCGUCAUCCUCCUCUUCUUCUUCGCUGCUGAAUCUCCCUCCAAACAUGUCAAGGAGCUCACUCGACCUCGAAACCCUUACUCCAUCUCGCCACAUCGACCGUAUGAUCAACUCCAACCACUACCAAUCGCCUUCCAGAACCAUCUACUCCGACCGCUUCAUACCCAGCAGAUCUGGAUCCAACUUCGCACUCUUCGACAUCUCGACUCCGACCAAUUCUCCCGGCGAUGGUGGUCGGGAAGACCAUUCAAGUGCCUACGCCACUCUUCUCCGUGCUGCGCUUUUCGGUCCCGAUGCUGGAGUCGUUCCUCCGGUGACGCCUGAGAAGCGGAGCUUGCCAAUGAGCCCACCCAGCCGGAAUAUUUUCCGUUACAAGACCGAGACUCGGCGGUCCAUGCACUCACUCGCUCCUUUUGGGUUUGAUGAUAAUGUUCCUGGGGUUAAUCAUAGCCCCGUCAAGACUCCAAGAAAAGUUCCCAGGUCGCCCUAUAAGGUUUUGGAUGCCCCUGCAUUGCAAGACGAUUUCUAUUUGAAUCUUGUUGAUUGGUCUUCACAUAAUUUGUUGGCUGUUGGUUUGGACAAUUGUGUUUAUUUAUGGAAUGCCUGUAGUAGCAAGGUAACUAAGUUAUGUGACUUGGGGAUUGAUGAUAGUGUUUGUUCAGUGGGUUGGGCUCAGCGUGGAACACAUCUGGCUGUUGGAACCAGCAAUGGAAAAGUUCAGAUUUGGGAUGCAUCUCGCUGUAGGAGGGUGAGAACAAUGGAGGGUCAUAGACUACGAGUAGGGGCGUUAGCAUGGAGUUCAUCCCUGUUGUCUUCUGGUAGCCGGGACAAGAGUAUUCUUCAACGGGAUAUACGAGCUCAGGAAGAUUUUGUUAGUAAACUAUCUGGACACAAGUCAGAGGUGUGUGGAUUGAAGUGGUCUUAUGAUAACCGUGAGUUAGCAUCAGGUGGAAACGAUAAUAGACUUUUUGUUUGGAAUCAACAUUCAACGCAACCUGUGCUGAAAUACUGUGAGCAUACAGCAGCUGUCAAAGCAAUUGCCUGGUCUCCUCAUCUUCAUGGACUUCUUGCAUCUGGGGGAGGAACUGCAGACCGAUGUAUUCGUUUUUGGAAUACAACCACUAACUCACACUUGAGCUGCAUGGACACAGGAAGUCAGGUAUGCAAUCUCGUAUGGUCUAAAAAUGUCAAUGAACUUGUCAGCACCCAUGGGUACUCUCAAAACCAGAUAAUAGUUUGGAGAUAUCCUACCAUGUCAAAGCUGGCAACUCUUACUGGUCAUACAUAUAGAGUCCUAUAUCUUGCCAUCUCGCCGGACGGACAGACAAUUGUCACAGGAGCAGGAGAUGAAACACUUAGAUUUUGGAAUGUGUUCCCAUCCCCUAAAUCUCAGAAUACAGAGAGUGAAAUUGGAGCAUCAUCUUUUGGAAGAACUGUAAUUCGGUAAUUCCAGUGCUUUUGCGAAGCUUGGCAUCCGUAAAAUGAUUUUCAAGUUGCAACAAUAUGAUAAUUGCCAUAAGCAAUCCUGCUAAAUGAAAAGCUCUCAAACACGGUCUGAUUGACCAAAGAAUUGGCUGGACUUGAAAGACAAAGACCAUUUGAAGAUUUGAAGAGUUGUGGAGUAAUUCUUGUUGCUCUCAAAGAUGAUUUUGGAAUUUUCUUUUUCCACUUCAAAAUAGAUUUAUUAUUGUUUGUAUAGGGGAGGUGUUGUCAAUUAUUUUUUACUUGGCUACUUUGCUUUGUAUAUUUAAAGAGAAGAAUACUACAAUGAUGUUGAACAUUUUGAUGUAGUACAUUUUUCAUAAUCAUUGUAAAUAAUUAUCAUUCGGCCACUUGGUGUA